AUGGGCGCGUUUUCCGCGCCGUCGCGGUGGUGCGGUGCGUGGCGCGCGCGCGUUCUCUCCGCGCUGCCGCUUGUGGUUGUCCUAGUAGCGCUACUAGGGGAGGAUGCGCUACUCGUUAUAGCCACCACCAAUACUCCGACGCUCCAUGAAUGCGACCCUGCCAUUCUCUCCGCCUCCUCCUUCUCUCCUUCCCCCGCGACGCCCCUCUCCCCUUCCCGCUACCAGCGCGCGGAGGGCGCGUGCUGGAGCCGCGCGGAGCUACCCUGCUACGCGGGCGCGCGGGGGACCCCCGAGCGCUCCCCCGCGCUCAAGCGCAAAAUACACGCGUACCACGAGUACCUCCGCGCGUGCAGCAGCCGCGAAACCGUCGAAGCCGUCAAGGCUAAGCUGCUAGCCGGCAACGCGACGGACUGCCGUUAUCUCUUCUGGCACAUGAAACUAGGCGACGGCCAGGGCAAUCAAUACAUUUCCUUCAUCUCCUCCUUCGUCUACGCGCUCCUGACAAACCGGAUCUUCCUUUUAUACACGGAUAUGGGGCCGGGGAAGGUGAUGUGUGCCCCGUUUGAGGGCAUGGGCGAGCGGUGGCAUCUGUUCAAUGGGAGUAUGAAGUCGGUUGACCUCUAUCUGUCGUCCGUGGUGGCGCGCAAAGGGAUGCAGUUCUUUCCAGAGCGGUUGGAUGUGCUGGUUAAUGGUACCAGUGGCACGAAUGGCACCAUGCCGGCCCCGACCAUAGCCAACAUCCCCAUCUACCACAACACGCCAAACACUUCCCUCUUCUUCUGCGAGUCAGAGCAAGCCUUCCUCGCCACCAUCCCCUCGCUCAUCCUCCUCUCCAACCAAUACUUCCUCCCGGCCCUCCUCCACGUGCCCUCCUUCCGCCGCCACCUCAACGACCUCUUUCCAUCCGGCCGCAUCUUCCAAACCGUUUCCCAGCUCAUCAUGUUCCCAAAGAACUCAAUCUGGGCGGCUGUAACAGAGAAUAUCCGAGCCCGUGCGCUCCCGGCGGCGGCUCGCAUCGGGCUGCAGUUCAGGCAUGCGUCGGAGCUAGCCAUGCGCCAUGCUGUCAUGUGUAUUACCCGCCUGCAGCAGCACCCCGUGCUUGUGGAGGCUCGGGCGAAGAGUGCAGGGGCGGGAGGCGCAGGGGUUGCGGGGGAGGUGGCUGCUGGUGAUGGUGGUGCUCCUGGGGGGAUUGAGAGUGGGGGGGAUGCUGCUGGGGGAGGGGGGACUGGGGGAGGUGGGGCUGUUGGGGUGGUAACGGGGGGAGCUGGUGUGGAAGCAGGUAGUGCGGGGAACGGAGGAGAAGGAAGGGGGUUGAUGGACGGCCUGGGGGGGUUAUCUGGUGGGACUGUUGUGGGCUCGGAUGUCAUUCUCACCUCCCCCGCCUCCACCUUCGGUUAUCUCCUCUCUUCUCUCUUCGGCCGGCCGUCUUUCUUUGUCGCGGCUAGCUGCCAACAGAUGCCACUCGAGCCGUGCUUCCAGCACCCUCCGCAUGGGUUCAAGUGUCCUAGUGGGGAGGUUAUUGGGGAGGCAGACUCGUUUAACAGAUCGGAUCCAAAUUUACCAUUUGAGCGCUGUCCCGAUAAUGUUAAUGGAUUGUCCCUUAUUGUGGGGCAUUAA